GAAUUCCGAUCUGCACAUUUACGCUACAGCGGAACCGUGAGCAACGAAUGUCUGUGGCGAUGCUCGUUGCUGUGCAUUUUAGUUUCUCUCUUAUCCCUUUCUUGACCCCACCUUCCAUUCGCUCUUCUACUGUAUCUGGUGCAGAUCACGUAUCUGUAGACCUCGCGUUACGCUUCAUCGUCCUACUCCUCAUUCUGUUGCUGUGGGACCUACCUUUAGUCUUUCGUCAUAUUGCUUCGUGCUCUUGGUCACAAAGCAUAUCUCCAGCGAACGGCGGGUCGUCCGGAAGACUUGAGAUCUAGCAUUCACUAGCUUACUACUAUAGCCUUCUAGAUUUCUCUAGUCCGCGUCAGUAGGCGCCGCCAUAAUGGCUUCAAGCCAGGAUAAUAUCAACAGCCCGAACGAUGAAAACAGAUCUCCUUUUGAGCUGCCAAACGAGGCCACAUCUUCUGGUCAACGCUCACCAGCUACAAUGGUUGCUGAAGGGAAGAGGAAACGAGUUGGCUUCACCUCUGACACCAGCCCAGCAUCGCCUGUAACCGAGACAACACAACGUUAUGGAGGCGAUACUCCGGAGAGCCCUGCAGAGGGGUUCACAGACGCUGGUAUACUCCAGGGAGACAUACCGGAAACUGUGAUUGCACAUGACAUUCCAGACAUCACUGAAGACGCUAGGCGAGAUAUUUAUCAAGCUUUGGGCAAAGCACGAGAAUACACACCAAAACCACAGCCGAAGAAACCUGCACUUAGGAAGUCCUUCCAACCUCCCGAAUUCGAACUCAGAAGUCUUUCAGACUUGGGUCUAGACUCUGAGGAUGCAGCACGCCAUCUUUCCAGUAAAGAUGCACACGUUAGAGCCUCAAAGCUCGCUGCUAAAGUCGAGUCUUACCAUGCGUCAGCUGCCCCUUCACGUUCUGGCUCCGUUGACCUAGAUAUCACUGACAUGGAGACGAACGACGACUCAACUGAUCAUGAAGGACAUAUUAAACGAAGGGGAAGCGAAGACUCGGAUGAUGCAUUCCUUUACCAGAACCCACCUCAACGACUGAGAAGCGGUUCUUUGGCACAAGCUCAUGACGAAGCUUCACGACUAGUUCGGUCUUAUACUCAGCGUUAUUUGCCUUCGCACUACGAAAAUGAUGAAUCUCCCCUGCAAUCUGGCCAGAUCACUCCCAUCGUUGAACAGCGGGAGGCCGAGUAUUACAUACCAAAGCCAUCCAAAUAUCGGGGUGGCGUUCUGACAUCGCUUCUCAAAUUGGCGAACGGAGGUCAUCAAAGAGAUUCUUCAGUGUCUUCGAGUUCUUAUGGGCGACAUGACAAUGGCCCUUCACGCGGCUUUGAGGACUUCUCUCCCACAGGCACCACGCCUGUGCAUACACCUGGCCAAUCUCCUCCAGGUUCCGGGACCACGACGCCCACACAUGGAAAGCAUCGCAAGUUCAUACCGCAUUGGACCCAUAGCAGGCAUGGAAGUGAAUCGCCCAACACCCUUGGGGCUUUGCUGGGCUCAUCGCUCAAUGUUGCUUACCCGUCAAAGGAAGUUGGUGAACAAACAGUAAAACAAUACAAACAGCGACCAGGAAUUGGCAAGCGUACGCGAAGUAGCGAAGGAAUUCUCCAUGCAUGGAAGAAAAUCCAUUCCAAUCAGAGAGACCAUGAGAUCAAAAUCACAAAACAUAUCGCGCAAACCAUUGCCCGACAAAAAUAUAUCGUUAAGCUUUGUAGGGCAUUGAUGGAUUAUGGUGCACCGACGCAUCGUUUGGAGGAGUAUCUGAAGAUGAGUUCGAGAGUGUUGGAGAUCGAUGCUCAAUUUCUGUAUAUUCCAGGUUGCAUGCUCAUUUCCUUCGACGAUCCUACCACACACACCACGGAAGUGAAGCUUGUAAGAACUCCACAAGGAGUGAACUUGGGAAAGCUACGAGACACACAUCAAAUCUACAAGGAAGUUGUACACGACCAAAUCGACGUAAACGACGCCAUGACGCGAUUGGAACGCGUAAUGGCUCGACCGAACAAGUUCCCAGAUUGGUUUCGUAUCUUGGUGUACGGUUUUGCUGCAGCAUCAGUGGGGCCCUUUGCCUUUGAGGCACGACCCAUCGAUCUCCCUAUAGCGUUUGGACUUGGCUGCAUCCUUGGAACUCUGCAACUCAAAGUGGCACCCAGGUCUGACCUCUAUGCAAAUGUUUUCGAAAUCGUUGCCGCGGCCAUAACAUCUUUCCUCGCACGGGCUUUUGGGUCUAUAUCGAGACCUGACGGUAGUCGGUAUUUUUGCUUCUCUGCACUAGCACAGUCUUCGAUUGCUUUGAUUCUGCCUGGCUAUACUGUACUAUGCGCUUCGCUCGAGCUCCAAUCCCGAUCUAUAGUUGCCGGCUCUGUUAGGAUGGUGUACGCAAUCAUUUAUUCUCUCUUCCUCGGCUACAGCAUUACGAUUGGCACAGUCAUAUAUGGUUACCUUGAUCACAACGCUACCUCUGCAACCAAAUGCUCUGCUCACAUGAACGAAUCUUGGUACUUCUUCUUUGUUCCCAUCUUCACAUUAUGUCUCAUCAUCGUCAACCAAGCGAAAUGGAAGCAGGCCCCGGUCAUGCUUGUCAUAUCGAUGACUGGUUAUGUUGUUAACUUUUACUCUGCACGCCUUUUCCGUGGAAAUGCGCAGGUAACACAGACUCUUGGGGCUCUCACAAUUGGCGUUAUGGCCAACGUAUACGGGAGAAUAUCACCUACGUGCGAAAACUUCUUCGGUCGUUUAUGGAUGGAGAAGAUCUAUCCAGUUAUUGCCACAAAACAACAAAAGCUGAAGGACCAAACGAACGAUGCGUUGCGCAAGCUCUCAAGUGCUGAGACAGGUGAAAUGUCAUCUGCUGAGAGAGAAAAACUUUCAGAAAAAGGUCUUUGGCGCGAACGGAAGGGCUACGGAAUGGCUGCUGCGGCUAUGCUGCCGGCAAUUUUUGUGCAAGUGCCUUCUGGUCUAGCUGUGUCUGGCUCUCUUGUUUCGGGUGUUACGUCUGCGGACCAAAUCGUAGGCAACAUGACGGGUUCAACAACGGUCUCAAGUGGAAGUGACUCUGUCUCAGAUACAAACGGAGCUGCUUUUACCGUUAGUUUGAGCGUGAUUCAAAUUGCGAUUGGUAUUACGGUUGGAUUGUUUAUUAGCGCGGUGGUGGUAUAUCCAUUCGGAAAGAGGAGAAGCGGUCUAUUUAGCUUCUAAUCCGCUACCAGGUUGAGAUCGUAUGUAGAUCGGCAGGAUUUGCUUUGAGUUUUGUGGAGAAAGUAUUAGAUUAGAUACCCUAGACUUUUUAUCUACCAAAGAGAAAAUAGAAUAGCCACCUAAUAAAUGUACUUGAGUUUGAUUAGCA